AUGACAGACUUUGAGGAAGAUUCAUCAUUCAAGCCAGAUGCUACAUUCACAAACUCAAGACCAAAGUGGGUCGAGGACGUAGCCGCUACUUCAUGCACAAAGUGUAAUACAUCAUUCACUCUUUUGAACAGAAAGCAUCAUUGCAGGAGAUGUGGACAGGUGUUCUGUCAGAAGUGCUCUUCGAACAAUGUCAAGAUUCCACAGUUGAACUACAACUAUGUACCAGUGCGCCAAAAGCAACAGCAACAGCAUCAACAACUUAUGUAA